AUGUUAGAAGCCAAGCUAAAUAAUGCGUCUAUAUUAAAAAAAUUAUUCGAAUGUAUCAAAGAUUUAGUGAAUGAUGCUAAUGUGGAUGCUGACGAGAGUGGGUUAAAAUUGCAAGCACUAGAUGGGAACCAUGUAUCGUUAGUUAGCUUGCACCUCGUGGAUUCAGGAUUUUCCCACUACAGGUGUGAUCGUGAAAGAGUGUUAGGAGUAAAUAUCGCAUCACUAAAUAAAGUUUUUAAACUAUGUGGUGCAAAUGAAUCUGUAGUUAUAUCAAGUAAAGAUGAUGCAGACAAUCUGAACUUUGUUUUUGAAAAUAAUAAAGAAGAUAAAGUAACAAAUUUUUCCUUAAAAUUAAUGUCUAUUGAAUUGGACUCUCUUAAUAUUCCUGAUUGUGAGGAAGGUUUUGAUGCAGAAGUUGAGUUGAGUAGCAAAGAAUUAACUAAUAUUUUUAGAAAUUUAUCUGAAUUUUCAGACACUGUAUUUAUUGAAAUAGAUUCCAAUAUUAUCAAAUUUACAACAAAGGGAUUAGUUGGAGAUGCAGAAGUUGCAUUAAAACCAAGGGAGUCAACAAGUGAAGAUGAUGUUGGUGUUACUAUAAAAUCAAGAAAAAAAAUUAAGCAGUCCUUUGCUAUAAAAUAUUUAAAUUUAUUUUCAAAAUCUACAAUCCUCUCCGACGUAGUUACCCUAGGAUUAAGUGAUAGUAGACCCAUUGAAUUUAAGUAUGAAAUAAAAGACACUUCUCCAGAUGCAGAUACUUUAAAAGUUGGAUUUGUUAAAUUUUUCCUCGCACCUAAAAUGGAUGACGAAAUGGAUAACAAGGAGUAA